AUUCCAAAUUUUCUCCCCAUCCAAUCAAAAAUGGAAUUCAAAUCUCAAUCAAACUGGUAAUUUCCUCAGCCGUUUCUUUAAUCAACUCGGGUUCGUCCUGUUUCUUUCUUUUUUCCUUCCUUCCUCCCUUCAUUUCUUUCUCUUCCCCUCUUCUCUGAAGUUCUCUGCUUGUACAUGACAACAACAAUUUCUAGAGGAUUGUUUGGUUGCUGUUUGUUGUCAUAGCCGUAUUUAUUUUGAUCUGAAUCUAUUCCAUCCCUUUUGUUCCCCUCUUAUCUGGAAUUACAACUAGUAGGUAACUACAUGGUGUAUCUAUCCCUGGCCUUGAUCCACUUCUCUAAGCUCAUCUUCAAGCUGCUUCUGCUCUUCUCUCUCUUUUAAUGCUCUCCUUCCCUGUCCAUCAGACGUUAAUCACCUCCUCCUCCCAUUUCACGUCCUGUAGUUCCUCAUCUUCUCAAUUCAGGACCAGUGUUUUCUGACCCGCAUCUCGAAAUCUCUGUUUUUAAAGGAGUUAUCUUGAGUGAGUGAUUUAUUUGUUAGUUUAGUGCUGUAGCUUUUGUGAUUUUCUUAGAAAAUGGUUUCAAGAUCUUACUCAAAUCUAUUGGACCUAGCCUCUGGUGAUUCUCCAUCGUUUGGGUUAAUAAACCGCGGGAUGCCCAGGAUUAUGACAGUGGCUGGCUUCAUUUCUGAGGUUGAUGACGACCCAGUGGAGAGUGUGAACUCUGAUCCCUCCUCGUCGUCGGUCCACCGCGAACGGAUCAUAAUAGUUGCGAACCAGCUUCCAAUCAGGGCUCAGAGGAAGCCAGAUGGUUGUAGUAGCAGUAGUAGUACUAGGAAUUGGUUGUUCCAGUGGGAUGAUAAUUCACUACUUCUUCAGUUGAAAGAUGGAUUGGGUGAUGAUGAUAUUGAUGUUAUUUAUGUUGGGUGUCUCAAGGAAGAAAUCCACCCAAAUGAACAAGAUGAGGUCUCACAAUUUCUCCUGGAAAAUUUCAGAUGCGUCCCUACUUUUCUCCCUUCUGAUCUGUUUUCAAGAUACUAUCAUGGGUUUUGCAAGCAGCAGCUAUGGCCUUUGUUUCACUACAUGCUGCCUCUGUCACCAGAACUCGGUGGUAGAUUCAACAGGUCACUCUGGCAGGCUUAUGUCUCUGUGAAUAAGAUUUUUGCUGAUCGAAUUAUGGAAGUGAUUAACCCAGAAGAUGAUUAUGUUUGGAUCCAUGAUUAUCAUCUCAUGGUGUUGCCUACAUUCUUGAGGAAGAGAUUUAACAGAGUGAAACUUGGGUUCUUCCUCCAUAGCCCAUUCCCUUCUUCAGAAAUUUACAAGACAUUGCCCAUUAGAGAAGAACUACUGAGAGCUCUUUUGAAUUCAGAUUUGAUAGGUUUCCACACAUUUGAUUAUGCACGGCAUUUCUUGUCCUGUUGUAGCCGGAUGCUUGGCCUUAGCUAUGAAUCAAAGCGGGGUUAUAUUGGGCUUGAGUAUUAUGGUAGGACUGUUAGCAUAAAAAUUCUUCCUGUUGGUAUCCACAUGGGUCAGCUUCAACAAGUGUUAAGCUUUACUAAGACAGAAGAGAAAGUUGCUGAGCUCAUUAAGCAAUUUGCAGGUCGAGGAAGGACAUUGAUGCUUGGAGUUGAUGACAUGGAUAUCUUCAAGGGAAUAAGUUUAAAGCUUUUGGCAAUGGAACAGCUUCUUAUUCAACAUCCAGAGUGGCAAGGGAAGGUUGUAUUGGUCCAAAUUGCUAACCCGGCCCGGGGGAAGGGGAAAGAUGUGAAGGAAGUGCAAGCUGAGACGAAGGCAACAGUUAAAAGGAUUAACGAAACAUUUGGGAAACCUGGGUAUGAUCCUGUCAUUCUGAUUGAGGAGCCACUCAAGUUCUAUGAGAAAGUUGCAUACUAUUCUGUUGCUGAGUGUUGUCUGGUCACUGCAGUUAGGGACGGAAUGAAUCUCAUACCUUACGAAUACAUAGUCAGUCGUCAAGGAAAUGAUAAAUUGGACAAAGUUUUGGGACUAUCUUCCUCUCCUAAAAAGAGCAUGUUGGUCGUCUCUGAGUUCAUAGGAUGUUCCCCAUCUUUAAGUGGAGCAAUCAGGGUGAACCCAUGGAAUAUUGAUGCAGUAGCAGAUGCAAUGGACUCUGCCCUGGAGAUGCCUGAUUCAGAGAAAGAGCUUAGGCAUGAGAAGCAUUAUAGAUAUGUUAGCACCCAUGAUGUGGGGUACUGGGCUCGAAGCUUCUUGCAGGAUCUGGAAAGGACUUGUGGUGAUCAUGUCCGGCGAAGGUGGUGGGGAAUUGGUUUUGGAUUGGGUUUUAGAGUCGUAGCACUUGAUCCAAACUUCAGGAAGCUCUCAAUGGAGCACAUAGUUUCAGCCUACAGACGAACAAAAACUCGGGCGAUCCUUCUAGAUUAUGAUGGUACACUAAUGCCUCAAGCUUCCAUUGAUAAGAGUCCGACAAGUAAAACCAUUGAAAUUCUUAGUAGCUUGUGCAGAGACAAGAACAACAUGAUGUUUCUCGUUAGUGCUAGAAGCCGAAAAACACUUGCUGAGUGGUUUUCUCCUUGUGAGAAUCUGGGAAUUGCAGCUGAGCAUGGUUACUUUCUAAGGUUGAAGCGUGAUGCAGAAUGGGAAACAUGCGGACCUGCAACAGACUGUAGCUGGAAACAGAUUGCUGAGCCUGUGAUGAAGCUUUAUACUGAAACAACUGAUGGAUCCACUAUUGAAGAUAAAGAGACCGCACUUGUGUGGUGUUAUGAGGAUGCAGAUCCAGAUUUCGGGUCAUGCCAAGCCAAGGAACUUCUUGAUCAUCUUGAAAGUGUGCUUGCAAAUGAACCUGUCACUGUCAAGAGUGGCCAGAACAUUGUAGAGGUUAAACCACAGGGGGUAAGCAAAGGGAUUGUGGUCAAGCGCUUGCUCUCAACCAUGCAAGAAAAUGAAAUAUCACCUGAUUUUGUGUUGUGCAUCGGAGAUGAUAGGUCUGAUGAAGACAUGUUCGAGGUAAUCUCCAGUUCCUUGGCUGGGCCUACCCUGGCACCAAAGGCUGAGGUAUUUGCGUGCACGGUUGGCCGGAAGCCGAGCAAAGCCAAGUAUUAUCUGGAUGAUACAGCUGAAAUAGUGAGAUUGAUGCAGGGACUGGCCUGCGUCUCAGAACAAACAGUUAAAAGAAAGGAUGGUGAAUGAAUUGAGAUGUGUUGUGCUUCACUGGCUUUCAGUCGUUAAUUGUGAACAUUUUAGGCUCAGUUUAUGCUUCUUUCUUCCUCACACGGUCUUAUUGCUUUCUUGAUAUUUCCAUGUAAAUUAUAAUAGUUGUUUGUUGCCGAGAGAAGCUCUGUAUCGGAUUCCCUUGGAAUGUUUGAUUUCAAUUGGGAAAAACUUGUAAAUAUAUUUGUUUUUCCACCAUUAACUCGGAACCCUGCUUUGCUUUCCCACGUUAUUUGAUAAUAUCUUCCUUCUUAUGAU